AUGGCCGACUCCGGCGACUCCUCCCCGCUCUCCGCCGCGGCCACCGACGACGCGCACCACGACCACAACACCAACACCGCCCCGGACGCCGCCGCGGCCGUGGCGGCGGCGGCGCAGGCGGCCGCCCCGCCCCCCUCCCUCCCGCCGCCGCCGCCGCCCAAGGUGCGCCUCAUGGUCAGCUACGGGGGCCGCAUCCAGCCGCGGCCCCACGACAACCAGCUCUCCUACGUCAACGGCGACACCAAGAUCCUCUCCAUCGACCGCCCGCUCCGCUUCCCCGACUUCCUCGCCCGCCUCGCCGCCCUCGCCCGCGCCGCCGCCACCUCCGAAAUCUGCGUCAAGUACCAGCUCCCCGGCGAGGACCUCGACGCGCUCGUCUCCGUCACCAACGACGAGGACCUCGACCACCUCGUCAUCGAGUACGACCGCCUCCACCUCUUCCGCGGAUCCGGCAGCGGCUCCUCCCGCGGCGGCGGCGGCGCCACCCCCAGGCUCAGGGUCUUCCUCUUCCCCGUCACCCCCCUCCACCCGCCCCCGCCGCCCGCCUCGCCCUCGCCCUCGCCGCUGCACCAGCCCAACACCGUCGUCGAGCCCCCCAAGCACGAGUGGUACCUCGCCGACGUCAGGGCCGCCAGCCCGACCCCGCAGCACCAGCCGCACCAGCCGCCGCAGGAGACGCUUCUCGUCCACUCGCCGCCUACCCACGCGGCGGUGCCCAUGGCUGCGGUGCCGCAGCCCGUCAUGCUCACAUCGCGGAACGACCUCGACGCCCUCUACGGCCUCGAAUACGCCUACGUCCAGCCACCGGCGGUCAAGGUCAGGGACCCCGCUGCUGCGGGCGAGCCCCCCAUGUUCAGGGACAACGUCCCCGUCGAGAUCCCGCCCAAAACUGAAGACAACCGCGGCAUCCCCAUCCCCGCCACCGACAACGCCAUGCUCGCUCCCCCAAUCUCCCCACCCACCGAGUUCCAUCGCCAGAUCCACGACAAGCUGCAGCUCGCCGACAACGCCUCCCUGCAGGCACCACCAACUCCUAAUCCGCUCGCCGCCCAGCAGCCACCACAAGCUCCCGCUCCCGUUGCAGCCCAGCAGGCACCGCCACCUCCUGUUCAGGUUACCGCCCAGCAAGCACCACCACCUCCUGUUCAGGUUGCAGCCCAGCAGGCACCGCCACCAGCUCCUGUUCAGGUUGCAGCCCAGCAGCAAACACCAGCUCCUACUCCGGUUGCCUCCCAGCAGCCAGCUCCUGCUCCGGCUACCCCUGCUGCUCAGGUUGCCCCUGCCGCAGCCGCCUUAACCAGGAACGGCAGCAACGACUCCCUCACCCGCGCCUACCCACCCGCCACCACCACCGCCCCACCAGAGUACUACGUCCCAAAGUUCCCGGAGAAGCCCCAAGUCAUUCCUCAGUCGUCCGCUCCACCCGCCGCCUACCUGCCGGUGCCGCCGGGCAGGUACGCAUCUGUCGCCCCUGGCUCCGCGGCCGACCACGGCCCCUUCUUCUACAUCCACGGGCCGCCGCCCCACGGCUACUACGCCAGCACCAACCCCGCCGGCAACGCCUACUACGCCGUCGCCCCGCACAACGGCAACGGCAACGGGAACGGCGCCGCUCCUGCCCCCGCCAUGUCCAACGCCUACCCGCAGGUGGCCUACGACAGCAAUGGCCGCGCCGUCUACUACACCGGCAUCCUCCCCCAGCAGUACCCUUCGCCCGUCAACGGCAUGUCGGCGUCCGCAGCGGUUCUCGGCACCGAGCCCUCCAAGCCUGUGGCCGUCAAGCCCACCGUCUCCUGAUCCAGCAAUGGGUUAAAACUGAAAUAGUUUUCCAAUUUUCGUUCGUUCGUUCGUCAAUAUUAUUAUGGGGUUAAUAUGUCAGUCAGUUGGAUGGAUUCGUUAUUGUGUCUAGUAUUAUUCACCUAUAAUUUUUUUUUUAUCUUUUUGUUUAGAGUUUUGGUUUUGGAACUAAUGGGUUCUGUCAUAUGCAACUAGUUCUUGGUGUGCUUAGAUGUACAUACAGUCUUCCGUGGACAUAAUGGAUAAUUAUAUUAGCAUGCUGGAGAGUUCUUUAUUUAA